AUGUAUCCACCUCCAAUGAUAAGUGUCGAUGUUGCCCCUCCAAUAAUUAGUGACAAUGUAUCCCCUCCAAUGAAUAGUAACAAUGUUGCCCCUCCAAUGAUUAGUGACAAUGUUGCCCCUCCAAUGAUUAAUGACAAUGUAUCCCCUCCAAUGAUUAGUGACAAUGUUGCCCCUCCAAUGAUUAGGGACGAUGUUGCCCCUCCAAUGAUUAGUGACAAUGUAUCACCUCCAAUGAUUAGUGACAAUGUUGCCCCUCCAAUGAUUAGUGACAAUGUUGCCCCUCCAAUGAUUAGUGACAAUGUUGCCCCUCCAAUGAUUAGUGACAAUGUUGCCCCUCCAAUGAUUUGUGACAAUGUACCCACAGGAUUAGUACUUUUAAUCAGUAUUAAUUAUUUUCGCACAAUUUAUCUUUGA